GUCAUGGCCAAAGGCCCCCAGCCCCGACGCGGCCCCGCCACGCCCGGAAGUGCCCUGCGCGCCCUGCUGCGCUGUAACCUGCCCCCGGGCGCGCAGCGAGUGGUGGUCUCCGCGGUGCUGGUGCUCCUGGUCCUCGUCAACGUCGUGCUGAUCUUCCUGCUGGCCUUCCGCUGA